AUGUUUGUGGGCAUAAAUCAAAUGAGAUAUAGCGGCAAGAAACGUAAAAAAUCUCUGGAAACAGAAAAACCUGCUGGCACAGAACAAGAAUCGGCAGAUAAAGGUGUCAUGGAACAGCAGCAAAGGAGAGACGAAGAAGAAAAUCAUAUUACGACGAAACCAUUGGGCACGGGUACAGGGGAAAACAGUGAAUGCCAAAAGCAAAUAUCAAAAACGCCAUUGCUCCACUAUGAAAUAGACAAUGGCAAAAGCAGGCCGCCAUUGGCAGAUGGUACAGCCCCACCAACAUCAGCAAUGCAGCAGCAAAAGGAAAACAAAUACCUCCCCUACACCACGUCCAGUAAAAUAUCCUCCUCACCGUCCUCCGGGCAAGCGAACAAACCCACCGUUAUAACAUCACUGGGAAACGUUUACCUUUGUCUGGGUAUAUUGACAUUAGCAUUGGCUUCCCUGGCUGUGUUAUUUUAUUCACAUGUAACCUCCUGCCCCACAUCAUCAGCAUGUUGCCCUUCACCCCUGCCACCCCACAAUAACUGUGUCAAUUGCCAAAAUUCCACAUCAUUGCCAAUAAACCAAGAGGGAGUAACAGAGCAGCAUCAGCUGCCGCCACAUCAUCAUCAGCGCCGUGAUACCCCAACAUUGGCAGGUGAUGCUGAACUUUUCGGUGAAAAUUUCCCCCAAGAUUUUUUAUCAACAAGGACGUCAUCAUCGACAUCAGAAAGAGCAACAUCCGAGUCGUUGUUAUAUCGUGAACGUUUUCGACGGGAAUUACUUGACUCGGAACAUAUGCUCUACUCCAUGGUGGAAAGAAUAUUACAACAGCAGCAACAACAGACAUCUGGAGAAUUGCAACGGAUGCAAGACCACCAUCAAGAUGACGACGAAGGGCAGAACCAUCAUAUAAAUACAAAGCAUAUUUCUUUGGGGAAUGCUGUUGAAGAUCAAAGGCAUAGGGUCUUGGCAGAUUCCUCUGCGGGCCAUGGCAAGGGAGGACCUGGAGUUGUAAAUAAUCAUAACGAGGCCAGCAUAGUCGAUGAUACAAGAAGCACCACCACUUCACCAGUAGAAGUUACGGCCGGCAUUCAGCCGGAUAUUGGCAAUGCAGAGCUUCCCCCGCAAAGUUUCCACCGUCCCCUGGAGAGAAAAUAUAGUGGCAACACUAUUACCAAGGAACCACAAACAAUAGAGGAACUGGUGCAUUAUCAGAAAAGAAUGCGAAGAGAUAUCUCUUCAUCACCGUCAACAUCAAUGCAUGAUCCUUUCAUCGAAUUCUUUACACCCAAUCAUCGCAAAGUCCUGGAGGAACAAGACAAGGAAAUACGCAAACGAACCGGCCAGAAAGGAGCCGCACCGGGUGGUGAUGAAUGGGUGUAUUUGAACACGUAUUGUCGGGUGCCGGAGAAGAUGAUAACCGGUUUUUGUCAAAGUACCCAGGAGUAUUGUCCACCCAGUCCACCAGGGCCGGAGGGUCCUCAGGGACCCAAAGGUCCGACGGGGCCACCUGGUUUACCAGGCAUACCCGGUCCCAAGGGAAAUCGUGGUGAUGUAGGUCUCCCUGGACAACCAGGUGCAGCUGGAGCCAUGGGCCCUGUAGGACCCCGAGGUCCCAAGGGUGACAUUGGCAUACCAGGACGACCUGGCUUGGAUGGUCGUGAUGGUGUUCCUGGAGAACCUGGCUUGGAUGGUGUUCCCGGCCGUGCCGGGGCUGAUGGCAUUCCUGGCAAAGAUGGUGCCCCCGGCCGCGAUGGUAAAGAUGGCAUUAAUGGCAAAGAUGGUCGUGAUGGUGCUCCUGGGCCAAAAGGUUCCCAAGGGCCACCUGGUGAAAGAGGUCUUAAGGGCAUUGCUGGACCUCGUGGACGACCAGGCAAACCUGGCACAAAUGGUACACCAGGUAUCCCCGGUGUAAGUGCCUACAAAGUACAGCUAAAGAACGGCACAUACUUGAAUGAUUUACUGAUACCACCAUCAAUUGCAGAUAUAAAUAUGCCGCGUUCCAUUGCCGUCGAAGAAGGAAAAACAUUAAACGUAAGCUGUGCCGCCAGCGGUAAUCCAAUGCCUCAUGUUGAAUGGCGACGAGAUGACGGUCGAACGAUUAAUGUCCAUGGCGUUGAGAUGUCAUCUAUAAGUGGUCCAUAUCUGAAAUUCACCAAUAUUACCCGUCAUCAAAUGGCUUCGUAUACAUGCUAUGCCGACAAUGGUUUAGCACCCGUGGCCAAUGCAACAUUUUUAAUCGAAGUCCAAUUUCCGCCCAUGAUAUCGGUCUAUAGGCAAAUGAUUUAUGCCGAAUAUGGACGUUCGGCCACAUUGGAAUGCAUUGUGGAAGCAUUCCCCGAGGCUAUACUCUAUUGGGAAAGGGCCUACGAUGGCAGUAUAUUGGAUCGAGGUGACAAAUAUCGAAUUGAAACUAAUCCAGAUGGCUAUCGUACAACAAUGCGUCUGACGAUUACCUCCUUGCGUAAGGAUGAUUUCGGUUACUAUCAUUGUGUGGCCAGGAAUGCACUCAAUACCACAAUGGUUAAUUUUGAAAUUGCACCUCAAGAUCCAAACAGUGAAACACCCUAUGUUGGCAAGGAAAUGAAAACAUAUGGCCAACGUCCACCCGAACAAGAGUGUCCCGUUUGUCCCGAGUGUCCUGAACAGAGUUUAUAUCAAUGUAAGGAUUCGAUUAAUUCCAAUUUCGAAAUUCAACCAGUCGGAAAUGAUAGUUAUCCUGGACUGCCCAAACGCAAAAAGAGUUGCAUUCUGUACGCUGUGGGCAAACCUGUUUUCCACAAAAGUGUUUCCGAACAGCAUGGUUCAUGGCUUAAGGAUCCGGCUGCCAAAGAAAUUGACCGCGAGAAAACAUUUGUUACCCAUGAAAAGGAAAACAAUAAACUCUACGAGUUUACAUCGAAGAAGGCCUAUCGGAUAACAUCGGUUGCACAUCGGUCCCAUGAUAUACCUCAUGGUUUUCAUGGAAAUGCCAAUGUGGUAUUCAAUGGUUCAUUCUACUAUCACAUGUUGAAUUCCAGCAAGGUUGCCAAAUAUAAUUUGUAUACCAAGGGAGAUUUUCGAACCGUAACAUUACCCGGUGCUGGCUAUGAACCUGGCAAUAAAUUGUAUUCAACGGCUUACAAUUACAUGGACUUUAAUGUGGAUGAGGUUGGCUUGUGGGUAAUUUACAGCGGUAAAGAUUCCAGUAAUACCCUGGUGGCAAAGCUGGAUGCUGAAACUCUUGAAAUUAAAUACAACUUUAACAUCACUUUGGAUCAUCGCAAGUUCGGUGAAAUGUUCAUUGUUUGCGGUCAUUUGUAUGCCAUUGACUCGUGCACGGCCAAGAACUCCCAGAUACGCUAUGCCAUCAACCUGUACCAGAAUAAGCUGUUGAAUGUGAAUUUGCCGUUUACAAAUCCUUUUGGCAGUACCGAGACGGUCGGCUACAAUCCCUACACAGUGGAACUCUACUCAUGGGACAAAGGAAAUUCUCUGACAUAUCCCAUACGUUACAAUGAAGAGAUAAUACGGAAUGAUCCUGCAUAAAUUACGGCUGCAUACACACACAGAGGCGCCCUGACACACA